AUGACAGCUACUCUACCGCUUGAGAUCAUGGCCGAUGGAGAGGACUAUGAACUGAGGAAUUGUGUGGUGUGUGGAGACCGAGCCACGGGCUAUCAUUUUCAUGCCAUGACCUGUGAAGGCUGCAAGGGCUUUUUCAGACGAACAGUGAGCAAAACCAUUGGUCCCAUCUGUCCAUUUGCUGGAAGCUGUGAGGUCAGCAAGGCCCAGAGACGCCACUGUCCAGCCUGCAGGUUACGGAAGUGUCUAAAUGCUGGCAUGAGGAAAGACAUGAUACUGUCAGCAGAAGCUCUGGCACUGCGGCGAGCCAGGCAGGCACAGAGGCGGGCACAGAAUGCAUCGCUGCAGCUGAGUCAGGAGCAAAAAGAGCUAAUCCAGACCCUACUGGGGGCCCACACCCGCCAUGUGGGCCCCAUGUUUGACCAGCUGGUGCAAUUCAAGCCUCCAGCUUACCUGUUCAUCCAUCACCGUGCUUUCCCACCUCUGGUCCCCGCAUUGCCUCUGCUCACACACUUUGCAGAUAUCAAUACUUUCAUGGUGCAGCAGAUUAUCAAGUUCACCAAGGAGCUGCCCCUCUUCCGGUCUCUCUCCAUGGAGGACCAGAUCUCCCUCCUCAAGGGAGCGGCUGUAGAAAUACUGCAUAUCUCACUCAACACCACUUUCUGUCUUGAAACACAGACUUUCUGCUGUGGGCCUCUUUGCUAUAAAAUGGAAGACGCAGCCCUUGUAGGGUUCCGGCACGAGUUUUUGGAGUCGAUCAUUCGCUUCCAUACAACACUGAAACGACUGCGGCUCCAGGAGUCUGAGUACGUGCUCAUGGUUGCCAUGGCUCUCUUCUCUCCUGACAGGCCCGGAGUUACCCGGAGGAGAGAGAUUGAUGAGCUGCAAGAGGCGGUGGCCCUGAUUUUGUAUAACCACAUUCUAGGGCAACAGCCAAGGUUCCAGAGGCGGUUUCUGUAUGCAAAGCUGCUGGGUCUGUUGGCUGAGCUCCGAAGUAUAAACAACGCAUACUCAUACGAAGUCCAGCGCAUCCAGGGACUGUCUGCUAUGAUGCCGCUGCUUGGGGAGAUAUGCAGCUGAGGCCCAGGCUUGCACCCUUCCCCAG